GUUUUUGUAUAUCUAACGGUUAUAUCAUUUGUUUAUUUUAUCUGUGUAUUUUUCUAUUUUAUUGUUCAGUAUCUGGACUAUGUUAAUGAGAUAUAACAUGCGAAUAGUUAAAGUGUUUAAACAAUGCCUGAAUAAUAUAUAUGUGAUUAAAUAAUGGGUUUCUAUAAGACAUGCGGAACGUUAUUUUGUGGAUUAAAACAUGACAUGCUUAAUUAUGCACCUUGCCCACCCCCAAUGAUGGAGUAUAUUAACUUUUACGAACAUGCAUUGAAAAGAAAUCUGAGUCACGUGGAAGUUUGUGACAUAUCCAGACGGUGCCGUUUGAAUGAAACUCUUGUCGACCAAAAAUGUAUCACAACAACAACAGGGACAACAAAUGAAUGCAAUGUCGUGUGUUUGAUAAUAAUUUUGAUACUUGUGUUCGUUCCCAUUAUAAUACGGAUUAUAAUGAUAUUAAGGAGAACAAAAUGUAGAAAUGAGAAUAUAUCAAGAAAUCAACCGGAGCGACGAUGUAAGAAUGUCGGUACAACCGACAGCAGGUACGAAGGUGACAAAGACUUGCAUGAAUACACAAACCCUGUUUGCCAAAAUGAAUUUGAAGCAGAUUUCAUGACAACAACAUCAUCUUCUAGAGAACACACAGAUAAACCAGAUGAGGUCGAACAUAAGCCAGGGCAACAGAAUUUAUUUACAUUUGAAAUUGAAGAUGAUAAACAUAUGUUUAUCACUCAUCUUUGACAUUUACUUUCAAAAAAAAAAAAAAAAAAAACUGUACCAGGGUAGGCCAAUAUAUUUUUUAUUUAACUCUUUAUUUUUAUGUUUGUAUAAACUAUGUUAUGCUUCAAACUAUCUGUUUUUCAAUGAUAUUAAUACCACGUGUGUAGUCAACCGAUUAAGAAUUUCAUUUACAUUAAGAAUACCUUUCACGAGUAAUUUAGUGUGAAAUAUGGCCUGUAAAACGGCAAGAUAAAGGAGAUGAAAUUAGGGACUUUUUAAAGCUCGAGCAAAGGUUGGAAAAUCUGCUAUAAAUGUUUAUAACGAUGCUUGUAGUUAAUGACAGCAAUGAGAUAUCUUAUGGAACUAUUUCGGGUUGGAUGCAUAUAUGAAAAAAUGGACACUAGUCAGUUAAAGUUGCUUGUUAGUCUUGUAGAAGACCCUUCAUAGUUACUGACAAAAUUUUCAUAAAUUCAAGUCUAUAAUUCACAAGGAUUUUCAACUACGCAGAUAGCCCAUAUCACAGGGAUAUCAAAAGGUCGACUCAUACGAUUCUAUAUAAUCACUUGAAAUUUUGGCGAAUAAGUGUCAUAUGAAUACUCUAUUUGGUAACAUCCGACCAGAAAAAGUAGCAGGUUAAAUCCGCAGAAAAACCAGUAGCUGCAUUUUACAAUAUUCUCCAGAUUUGGCACCCUGUGACUUUUUCCUCUUUCCUAGACUGAAAAAGCAUCUUGCAAGUCAUCGUGUGAACUCAGGUCGGUCAUUUUUCAGUAAGUGAUAGGGAAUGUAUGUAUGUAUGUAUGUAUGUAUGUAUGUAUGUAUGUAUGUAUGUAUGUAUGUAUGUAUGUAUGUAUGUAUGUAUGUAUGUGUGUGUGUGUGUGUGUGUGUGUGUGCGUGCGUGCGUGCGUGCGUGCGUGUACGAGUGUGCGUGUGUGUUAUUUUUUGCGUGCGUGCGUGUAUUUUUAUUAUUUGGUGUGAAAGUUUAUCAUAAAUAUUAAUGUAUUUCUAUCAAGUAUAAGACUAUGACAUAUCAAAACAAAAGCUUUUUUUGCUGCUGAUUUUUUACUUAUUUGUUAUGAAUUAUACAAUCAUUUUUUUACUUGAUUGAAAACAUAAUAUUUAAUCCCUUCAAGAUAUACGUACUAUGCUUAUAUUUGAGUAAAAUAUUCUUAUCACAGAAAUUUAUUGCAAUCCAUGAGAUCCUUACUGUUUUUAAUUUGAGUAAAAGAGUGUUCAAAUUUUGUAUUGAAAGUUGAAUUCCCUAUUAAAGGUCAAGUGAAGUUGGUCUUUUCUUAAAAAAAGACCAAAAAAAAAACUAACAGUUUUUAAAUGACACUAUAUAUUCAUAUUGCGACCACUUAUAUGGUAUAGAGUUUAAAACAUAACAUAUCUACAUUGAAUGAAUCUGAGUCAUGUUUAUUUUAUAUUUACAAAUAGGCUGUGUAGUAGUUAUAAAACUAAUAUUUUCAACCAUCAAAUUUGAGCAUAGUUUAUCUUUAAGAAAUAUGGCAGUUUAUAUUAGAUCAUUUAUCAUUUUACAAAGGUAAAGCAGAACAAAUGAGAUUGUUAUUUCCAUACAAAGGAAACUGCCUUGACACUCUUUUAGUUUUAUCAGACUGACUGAAAUAGUGGUUUUUUUGCAGUUUCUGUAAUUAUUACAAUAAUUUGAUUAUUUCAUUCUAUCAUUUAUUCCUUUUUCUUAAAAUUUGAUACUUAGAACACAUAAUUCAAAAGCCAAAAAUAACUUUAAAUGGAACACUAUUGACUU